CGUAGGAGGGAGUGAUGAUGCAAAAGUUACCCAAAAAUUGGGGCGGGGAAAGGCGGCAACAGUUAGGAAGGCGAACAAGCUGCAAAAGGAAUAGCGGAAAGUUGGGAGGUCGGGAGGGUGCCCUGUUCCGGGGGAAGGAGCAAGUACCACAGCAGCAAGACUUUUCCCUUCUCUGAUUCAGGAAGGUGCUAGACAAAAACAUGGAAUUCAUUUCCCCAACAGUGGUUAUAAUCUUAGGUUGUGUUGCUCUUUUAUUAUUUCUUCAGUGGAAGAACUUGCGUGGACCCCCGUGCAUAGGGGGCUGGAUUCCUUGGAUUGGAGCUGGAUUUGAGUUUGGAAAAACCCCUCUAGAAUUUAUAGAGAAAGCAAGAAUCAAGUAUGGACCGAUAUUUACAAUCAUUGCCGUGGGCACCCGAAUGACCUUUGUUACUGAAGAAGAGGGAAUUAAUGUGUUUCUAAAAUCCAAAGAAGUAAAUUUUGAACUAGCAGUGCAAAAUCCCGUCUAUCGUACAGCAUCAAUCCCAAAGAAUAUCUUUUUAAAACUGCAUGAGAAACUUUAUGUCAUGGUGAAAGGGAAAAUGGGGACUUUCAACCUAUAUCGAUUCACUGGACAACUGACUGAAGAAUUACACGAACAGCUGGAGAAUUUAGGCCCUCAUGGGACCAUGGACCUGAACAACUUAGUGAGGCAUCUCCUUUACCCGGUCACAGUGAACGUGCUCUUUAAAAAAGGUCUGUUUCCCACAAAUGAGAGGAAAAUCAGGGAGUUCCAUCAGCACUUUCAAGCUUAUGAUGAAGGUUUCGAAUAUGGGUCCCAGUUGCCAGAAUGUCUCCUCAGAAACUGGUCAAAAUCCAAAAAGUGGCUUCUAGCACUUUUUGAGAAAAACAUUCCAGAUAUAAAAACAUGCAAAUCUGCAAAAGAUAAUUCCCCGACAGUAAUGCAGGCUCUGCUGGAUCUCCUAGAGAUGGAAACAAAUGAAGAAAAGAGUCCCAAUUAUGGGCUCUUACUACUUUGGGCUUCUCUGUCCAAUGCUGUCCCUGUUGCAUUUUGGACAUUUGCAUUUGUCCUCUCUCAUCCCAAUAUCCACAGGACCAUUAUGGAAGGCAUAUCAUCUGUGUUUGGCACAGCAGGUAAAGAUAAGAUUAAAGUGUCUGAGGAUGACUUGAAGAAACUCCCUCUAAUUAAAUGGUGUAUUUUGGAAACCAUUCGUUUAAGAGCCCCUGGAGUCAUUACUAGAAAAGUGCUGAAGCCAGUUAAAAUUUUGAAUUAUACCGUUCCUUCUGGUGACUUGUUGAUGUUGUCUCCAUUUUGGCUACAUAGAAAUCCAAAGUAUUUUCCUGAACCUGACCUGUUCAAGCCUGAACGUUGGAAAAAGGCAAAUUUAGAGAAGCAUGCUUUCUUGGACUGCUUCAUGGCAUUUGGGAGUGGGAAGUACCAGUGUCCUGGAAGGUGGCUGGCUCUGUUGGAGAUUCAAAUAUUUAUUAUUUUAAUAUUGUAUUAUUAUGACUGUAGUCUUCUAGACCCAUUGCCAAGACAGAGUUCUCUCCAUUUGGUGGGUGUCCAGCAGCCGGAAGGACAAUGCCGAAUUCAAUUUAAACAAAGAAAAUGACAUCUGCUGGGCCUAAGGAGGGCCAGGGCCUUCUGGAGGAGUGACUGCCCCCCAUCCUCUAGCCUGGCAGCACCUAGACCUGAGUUUGACUAAAACGUAUCACUUAAUUUUGUUUAAGGAUUCAGUUCAAGACAAUGUCCAGAUGGGAUGUGUGUUUGGUGUCUCAAGAGUAGACCAAGAAUCUGACAUCACUCUAUAUCUAUUGAUAUAGAGACCCCAAUACAGGGUUUAUAGAAAAUGUUUCCAUGAUCCAAAAAGAGGCAUUUCUUAAGAAGUUGGAAUUUGGUUUCAUGCAUUACUGUAUCAAAACUUUAAAUAGAAAUAAUGUCACUUGAAUGAAAA